GUGCGAGUGGUAUGGUCUGCAGUGUCUCUUUACCUGUGAGGCUGUUGGCUCGUUAGGGAGCUGGGCAGGAGGGCAAAGCCUGUGGCUGCAUGCAUAGGCUGCAGGUGCGAUUAGGAUCACAGAUUGCUGCUUGCGGUGCAGUCCGGUCCAGUACAGCACAGAUUACAUGGCAUAGGAGGUGUUCCAACAUAAAUCAGAAUCGGCGCACUUUUACAAUAGCGUUGAAGGAUGAAUGUAAAUCACUACAGCACAAGACUGCUGCAAAACAGAUAUGGAGAACAUUGCACACCACACACAAAAACAGCACAACGAAAGAUGAACUUCGGCCAUCGGAGGAAGAGGUUGGAACUUUUACCAAGAUAAUUGAGGCAAUGGGCUUUACUGGACCACUUAAGUACAACAAAUGGAAAAUUAAAAUAGCUGCCUUGCGCAUGUAUACAUGCUGUGUGGAACGGAUAGAUUAUGAUGAAUUUUUUGAAAAAUGUAGUCUACCUGAUACACUGAAUUCUUGGUUCCUUGUGACUCAGCUACAUGUAUGGAUGUGUAUGGUCCGAAUGAAGCAGGAAGGACGAGCUGGGAAGUACAUGUGUAGAUUCAUUGUCUACUCUAUGUGGGAAGAUGCUGAGCAGCGUGGGAAAGUGAUGGGGAUUGAUUCAGGGGCCAUGAAGACCACUAUGAGAGCUUUAACUGAAAUAUUUUAUGCUUCAAUAUUUGGCUAUGAUGAGGGGAUUACGUCUGAUGACCGUGUUCUGGCUGCAGCUCUUUGGCGAAAUAUUUUUAAUAUGCAUUGUGAUGAUCCCCGGCAACUGGAACUAAUCGUUGAAUAUGUGCGCAAACAGAUGCAAUAUCUGGAUUCACUAAAUGGAGAAGAUCUUCUCUUAACUGGGGAAGUGUCUUGGCGCCCUCUGGUGGAGACUGAUCCUCAAAGCAUCCUGAAGCCAUCUACUCCAACAUACAAUGAUGAGGGACUUUAGAAAAACAGUAUUCCUCUCUGUGAUGCUGAACGUGGUGUGUUUAGUCCUGAAGACCAUCAAGGCGUACUCUUUAUGUGCAAUGAUACAGAAGCAGAAGAAACCAGAUGUUCUGAUAAUUCGAGUGGAUUAGUUUACAUUAUAAAUUUCAGGGAAUAGACUUAAAUAGUAUGGUCUCAUCCACAAAGUGUACUGGUGACAGGAGUGCCAGUAUUAUAGUGUUCUAUGCAAUAUCUGUCUUGGGCCUGUGCUCAUAGAGAGUCUCUCAAAUCUCAGAACACCAAAACACUGUAAUUUGUAGUUACUACUUUUCUUCCAGAGCAGAGACACAUACUCCUCACCAAAUAUUAUAUCAUCAUUUGCAAUUGUUAGGUACAUUGAAAGGGUCACUGCUGAUGAGAGAGACUGAGAAGGCACCUGCAUGGCUAAUUUUGUUUUUUCAAGCAUGGAAAUUGAAUAAAAAUGAUUUAAGGAGGUGUCUGAUUAAAAUAAUGGUAGCACUGUAACUGAUUUUCUAAUCCAUUCUGCAGUGUUCAAAGUAGCGUCUCUCAGUUUACAUUGCAAAUAUGGUUACCAAGUUCCUCUUGUAAAAAGACUACCUGUGCAACUGUGGUGUAGUAAGUUAUGCCGGCGGUCGGGCUCCCGGCGACCAGCAUACCGGCGCCAAAAUCCCGACCGCUGGCAUACCAAUAGCUGGGCGAGCGCAAAUGAUCCCCUUGCGGGCUCGCUGCGCUCGCCAUGCUGCAGGCAUGGUUGCGCGCCACACUUUAUUCUCCCUCCAGGAGGGGUCGUGGACCCCCAAGAGGGUGAAGAACUGUUGGUAUGCCGGCGGUCAGGAUUCCAGCGCCGGUAUGCUGGUCGCCGGGAGACCGACCGCCGGCAAAGUGAAGACCACCCGUGCAACUGAAUGCUGCGAUGGCUCUAUGAACAUGAGCACCCAAAGAAAUAGACAUUUUAACCAUUUUCCCUCUUGUCGGUUUUCUGCAGGAUAUAGACCAGAGAUGGGCAUCACAUAAAAUUACUGAGUUUAUUGAGAGACAGACGUUUAGUGCACAUGGGCACUAUACAGGGGCUCUUUUAUUUGCUUUUGUAAAGUUGCAGCAUGCACAUUUGUCUCUCCGUAGAACUUGUUGGUCUAGUAUCUGUCAUGUAUCCUCUGUCAAAAAUUAUAACUGAGGUGGUAGUCAGUGGUGUAUCUAUAAUGGGUGCAGGGUGUACACUGUAUACACAGACCCUAGAAUUUAGGGUGCACACACUGCACCCAGACUAUGUAAUAAUCUCCUGUCCAUAGUUCCACAGUGGCGCUGCACAAGUCACUGGGCAAGUGGCCCAGCAGCCAUUGUCCGGCAAUCUGCAUGUGCAGUAGAAAAAUCACUGAAUAUGGCCGCAGUGGCCAAUUUCCGGAGACCUGCGCAUGCACUGUAGACUCUAGCACUAUGCCAGAGUCUGUUGCUUGUACCGCCAGCUAGAGAGGAGGGGGCCUGGACAGAGACUGUACACUUGCCCCCUCCUCACUUAAUUUGCCCAUGGGGGUAGUUAUAUAAAACAGCCAUAACUUAACCAUAACGGUAAAAAAAUAAACAACAGUUAACACAAUACGUGAAUUAGAAGGGCGGGCUUGCUUUGUAGCACUUUUCUAACUUGUUAAAUGAAACCUUAAAUAAUCAAAAGAAACAUAAGUGUUGUGCAUCAAUUUUAGCAGCCAAACCCCAUUUGCUAAUGAACAUUUACAUAGCUAGAGCAACUGAACAAAUUUAUUAAAAACAAUUACAUGUUUCUGACAAUUCCUCACUUCAAAAAAAAAAAAAAAAAAACAUGAUCUCAGGUCUCGCAUUUAGCACUGAUCUCAGACUACUAGAAGACAGAUUAAAUAACUUUGCUUCUCUCCCAUUACAAUAUACAUGUGUAACAAAGGUGUUAGCUGUUCUUGUUUUAGCUGUUGUACUGUAUACUCGCAAUUACUUCUUUACACUGAUGCUCGCUGAAAGGAAUUUAGGAAAAGUGCAUAGACUCACUUAGCUGCAUUGCACAAAGAGCACAAAUCCUACAGGAGCCAACCAGACCUUCCCAUUGUACAGUGCAUUGCUGUUUACAUAAAUAAAAUCUAAGAUCUAAUUGGUUGCUAUAGAUAGAAUCACAUUUGUGUUCUUUUCAUUUUUAUUGUAAUCCUACUCAUAGCUGAGGCAGCAAUUUUCUGUGUAGAACUAAUAUUUAUCCCAUCAAUCCACUACAAACUGCCCUCAUGCCACCAUGCACAAAUUCCUUGUGAGUUGACAGGUUGUGUUUAUAUGUCUAAUAAAGGGACCACUCUAUGUGCAAAUGUAGUAGAUAAUAAAAACUGGAGCAAUAGCAAUUUGUCAUUGAAAA